GCCGCACCAGACCAAUCCCCUCUUCCCCAUCCGAUUUCCCAGCUCACCUCCUUCCCCUUCCCGGCUUCCCCCCGGCGCCAUGGCUCUGGCCUCUGCCACCGCCAGUGCCUCACAGAGCCGCAUCCCAUCGUCAUGAAGACUGGGGGGAAAGCUGCCGGCCGGGGUGGACGGUCGCCGCUGCCCUGGCCGGACCUCAGCACCAGCUGCACCAUGGCGACUGCCCGCCCUCGCACUCGCCCUCGCCAGUGCCCGCCCUCAGUAUCAUCUCUCGCAGCGGGUGGUCACCACGCCACAUCAGGAGGUCACGGUGGACUGAAGCUUCUGAAGAAAGUCCACAGCGGACUGAGCAGAAGGACGACUUGCUUAGCUGGUAUAUAUGCCACUUCCACCUCUCUAUCACCAUCUGAUGUGACCAACAAGUUGCAGGAUUGAGUUAUGAAAUUUCGCAACAGCAGAUUCGCAGAGUGUCAGCGAACAAUCCGGCCUUUUAAUCCAUCCAGGCUUCCAGGGGCGUGUAAGUACGCUCUACACCGGAUCGUAAUGUGGGGAGGACGUUUGCAGCUACGCCUGAAGCAGUACCUGAACUGGCAGAUGCUUGUGCAUAGUAAAAAACAUGCUAAGAUCGUUAUUAUCGUGCUGCCUAAAUUAUUUUGAAUACUGCUCCAGUAAGUUAGCCACACUCAUGCAUUCAGCUAGUAUGUCCUACUGAAACUUAGAAAAUGCUCACACUGACUGAACAAGAAGGGAGAAUAUCAUACGCAGGGGCGGAGCUCUGUAGGGGCAGACCCGGGCCAUGGCCCGCCCAGGAAUUUGACAAAAAUUUUUUUACUACUAGUCGUCUUAGCCCAGCCCACUAGCCCACACACGCACUGGCCAUCGUCUCCUCGUCUCACGGACGCUGCAUGCACAAGCACACUCGUGCCUUCCCCAAUUCCCCAUCCUCUCAGUCCAAGAGACUCAUGUAGGAUGUAGCCACGCUGCCGACGACCACCGCCGUGGACAGGGAACACGGUCCACCUGAGCGCGCCGAUCGCCAUCUCUCGGAGCAACCGCCGCGGCGACGCCCGCCCGGAUCUCGUCUCGCCCCUGUAAAUGCUCCCUCCCGCCGUCCGUCAUCCGCCGGGAUCCAGUGCGCCGUGCGUGCUGCCGGCCAUCCAUUCCUGCGUUUGUUCUCCUCCAACUCCAAGUCUCCAAAUCUGGCGCAUGACCUGGGCCAGCCCCUUCUCCUUUUGUAUUCUGUCGCUGGCGCCCCCAUGACUUAGCCCCUUGCCGUAGGCACACUUCACAUGUAAAAUUUGCCCCGCAAAUUCUGAAUUUGUUAAGCAAUUACCUGAUUUUGUUCAUUUCCAUACACGCAGUGAUUAGUGAUAAAUAAUAGCCUGAUCUAGUAUGAAGAUCAGUAAGACUCCGAAAAGAAUUGAUCUAGUAUGAAGAUCAGUAAGACAAGAUUGCACAAUAAGAUGGAAGGUGAGAAUCUGGCUAAUAACUUGUUAGUUCACAUAAAUGGUGGAAUUCUAGAAAACUACAACCACGAAGAUGUCAUUGCAGAUUUUAUAAGCAAGAAGGAUCGUUGAGUUCAUUGUAUGUGAGUAGGUCCAUGUCUAAUGUCGCAGACACUUUUGUAUUAGCUUGCCCAAUAGUAGUGACUCAUGGUUGAACUGUACUUUGGUGCUUGUAAUAUGUCCUUAUGUGUCAGAAUUUAGAAAAAAAUGUGUUCUUCUUUAGUCUGGCCCGCCCAACUUUUUCGUUUAAGCUCCGCCACUGAUCAUACGGAAACCAAUAUUCAACGAAAACUUCGUGAAAACCAUAUAUGAAAGUUCUAAAAAAAUCUAAAAAUAAUACGAGAUGUUAAGAGGGUGAUGUUUUAUUGCCAUGCAAAAUUUGAAGUAUAAACACAUUAUGAGAUGUGUGUCACUAUUCAGGGCUGAAUUUGUCUUUUUCAUAGCUCACAUCUCGUAAUGUGUUUCAACUUGAAUUUUUGUGUGCCAAUAAAACAUCAUCCUCGUAACAUCCCGUAUUUUUUCAGAAUAUUUUGAAACAUCAAAACAUCUUCUUCAUAUGGUUUUCAACGGUUUCCACCGAAUGUUAGUUUCCGUAUGAUAUUCUUUCAGAAACGUUCACAUCAGCAACUUUUCUUUUCAUGACUGACAACCCAGAGCGUUCAAUUCCAAAAUAGCGCGUUUCUGCCCCUAUUGGCUGGCAUCCAUGGUCCAUGUUUUGUCAUUAAUUUGAUGUCUAUGGCUACCGAUCAAAGGAGACUUGAACAAAAUGCUACUCGGUGAGUCAACACAGUGCCCUUGGCCAUAGGUAAAGUUGCUGUCCAAGCAUACCUUCUACUACCAUGGACCACAACUUUGUUUACCAAGCAAGUGUAUUGUAUUUCGAAUAGCAGGUGUAUAAAGGAGCAGAAAAAUAAGAGCUUGCUCUGAAGCCUACACCCUAGAACACAAAGAUAUAGUAGAAGCUUUUCUCUUACAAAUGGGCCGCUUCUUGCCAUGGGAAUGCUUGCCCCUUGUCCUGUGCGUAGUCCACUCCAUGCUUCCGAGUUCUUCAGGCUGCUUCAUGGAGGAAAGGGCGGCCCUCAUGGAAAUUAGCUCUUGGUUCAUGAGCGCAAACUCCGAGGUUCCCAGUUCGUGGGGACAUGGUGGUGAUUGCUGCUCGUGGGAAAGGAUCACGUGCGACAAUACCACACGACGAAUAUUGGGUCUCGACCUUUCCUAUCUCUACCAGGAAAUCCCUAUCCACAAUAGUAAUGGCUCUACAUCAGUUGAACCUAUGGAAGUUGCAUGCUGGAACUUGAACUUGACAAAGCUUCAGCUGUUGGAUUUCUCUCAAAAUUUUGCUUGUUUACACAAUUUCGACGGUCUACAAGGAUUGGGUAAGCUCAAGUAUCUCAACCUCAGUGACAACAGUUUCAUAGGGAAUAUCCCAGAAUCUCUCAGCAAUUUGGUUUCUCUGGAGGUCAUAAAUCUCAAGGGAAAUAACAUGAGUGGGGCUCUUCAGAAUAUAGGUUUAGAAAAUCUCCGGAACCUGCGAGAAUUGCAUUUGGGAUCCAAUCGAUUGAAUGGUAGCCUCCCAGCAUCUGUAUUUGCCCUUCCAUGCCUUGAGUACCUGGAUCUUUCAGAAAACCUCUUUGAAGGACAUAUACCUAUAAAUUCAUCUUGGAAGUGUUCCUCACUGCUUCAAACUAUCAGGUUAUCCAAAAACAAGCUAGGCGGUAAAUUUGAUUUCUUCUGGCUAAGAAACUAUACUGAUCUCAAACAGAUAGAUCUUUCCAGGAACACUGAUUUGGUUGUUCUAGUGAAAAUGCAUGGUUGGGCACCUAAAUUUCAGUUGAGAACACUAAUGCUUUCUUCGUGUAACCUUGAUAAGAGCAUGAUUACAGAGCCACAUUUCCUACACACACAACAUCGUCUACAGUUUCUUGAUUUGUCCAACAAUAAUUUGCGGGGAAGUAUGCCCAAUUUUCUGUUCACAAAUGAAGCGACACUAGUUUACCUGGAUCUUUCGAAUAACUCGUUAGUUGGAUCAUUAUACCCCAUUUGGCAAAAUCAAACUAAUCUUCGAUUGCUGAACAUAGCUCUAAACCGUAUUGAAGGACAGCUGCUUGCCAAUAUAGGUUCAAUGUUUCCCGAGCUGAUGAUUCUCAAUGUUUCUCAUAAUAAUAUAUCUGGAGUUGUGCCAUCUUCAUUGUGCAACAUUGGCAGCAUUGAACUUAUGGAUCUGUCAAAUAAUAAAUUUACUGGAGAGGUACCAUCUUGCUUGUUCACUGAUUGUUCUGCUUUGAUGAUAUUGAAGCUUUCAAACAAUAACCUCGGGGGUGUGAUACUUGAUGGGGCUAGUAACUUGUCAGUUGUGGCAGCAAUAUACCUAGACAACAACAAAUUUGAAGGGACUCUACCUAGAAAUCUGUCUGGUAAAUUCCAAAUCAUGGAUUUACAUGAUAACAAUAUGUCAGGAGCACUGGACAUUUCAUUAUGGAAUCUUCCUUCACUGGAAGCUUUGAGCCUAGCUAAAAAUAGUUUAACCGGUGACAUUCAUCCAGAAAUUUGCAAAUUAACAAGUCUUCGGCUGUUAGAUCUAUCGGACAACUAUUUUCUAGGGCUUAUACCACACUGCAGCAGUACAUUACCACUCGAGUUUCUGAGUUUAUCUGGGAAUUCACUGUCAGGCUCCCCGAAUGCAUUUUUCAACAGCUCCUUCAUUAGAGCUUUGGAUCUCAGCCGGAAUCAGUUCACAGGCAACCUUGAGUGGAUACAAUAUCUUUCUGGAAUCGAUCUACUGUUGUUAGGAAGAAAUAAGUUUGAGGGACAGAUCUCAUCAAAUCUGUGUCGUCUCCAAUACUUGAGCAUAAUUGACAUCUCUCAUAAUAGACUCUCGGGUUCUGUACCAUGGUGUAUUGGUGGCAUCCCAUUUGAAGACCAUGAACUUGAAGCUUAUACAUUUUAUUGGCCCAGAACCUCCGGUUACUUCUUUGGAGGGGGGUUUGGUAUGUUCGAUGAUAUGGACUUCUCAUAUAAUAGUCAUUAUGACCUGCAAGGCUUCACCUUCACCACUAAAGGGAACCCAUACACAUACGGACACAACUUCUUCAUGUCGAUGUCUGGCAUUGACUUGUCUGCAAACAUGCUAUCGGGCGAGAUUCCGAUGGAGAUGGGGAAUUUGAGCCGCAUCAAGUCUCUCAACUUGUCGAACAAUUUCUUUACUGGCUCUAUCCCUGCAACCUUCGCAAACUUGAGCGAGAUUGAGAGCUUAGACCUAUCAGAAAACAGGCUGAGUGGAUCAGUGCCAUGGCAGUUAACUCGGCUGUCAUCCCUAGCAGUGUUUUCUGUGGCAUACAACAAUUUAUCAGGGUGUCUACCAGCCAGCGGUCAGUUUAGCACAUUCGAUAUGGACAGUUACAAAGGGAACAACAACCUUAGAUCAUGCACUUCAAGUUCAGGCCCCAUGGCACCAAAUGGUGUUGCAGGAAGUGUGGCUGUUGAUUCUGACCCGAUACUUUACGUGGUCAGUGCCGUUUCAUUCGUCUUGGCAUUUUGGGCCACUGUCGCAUUCGUAUUUUGCCACGCACUUGGACGGCGUGUUAUACUCAAACUGUAAUACGCAAAGUGACGGAGGGCUAGUGAAUACUGGUGAAUGGCGACGAUUUACACAACGGAAAUAUUUGUAAACUAUGCUGUAAUAAUAUGUUUUCCUGUUCUGUU